CUCUCUUUGUUUUUACAGUCUGCUUCGCCUCAUUUUCUAGCUUCCAAACCCUAACACUCCUCUUCCUCUUCGAUCAUCACCUCUCCACAAUGCCGCCGAAGUUCGACCCCUCCCAGAUAGUCGACGUCUUCGUCCGCGUUACCGGCGGCGAAGUCGGCGCGGCGAGUUCCCUGGCCCCGAAGAUCGGUCCCCUCGGUCUCUCCCCCAAGAAGAUCGGAGAAGACAUCGCCAAAGAAACCGCCAAGGACUGGAAGGGCCUCCGCGUCACCGUCAAGCUCACCGUUCAGAAUCGUCAGGCGAAGGUCACGGUGGUCCCCUCCGCCGCCGCCCUCGUUAUCAAGGCCCUCAAGGAGCCCGAGCGUGACCGCAAGAAGACCAAGAACAUCAAGCACAACGGCAACAUCUCGCUCGAUGACGUCAUCGAGAUCGCUAGGGUUAUGAGGCCGAGGUCCAUGGCCAAGGACCUCAGCGGCUCCAUUAAGGAGAUUCUCGGAACAUGCGUUUCGGUUGGUUGCACCGUUGAUGGAAAGGAUCCAAAGGACUUGCAGCAGGAGAUUUCCGAUGGUGAUGUUGAGGUCCCUCUCGAUUGAGGAAGAAGACUUUGUUUCUCUCUCUUUUUCCUUCUCUCUUAUGUUUGUUUCGUGUUUUUUAAAUAUAAAUCUGGGGAAACUAUUGAACGUUUUGUUUAAGGCUAUUUUACUGUUUUGGAUAAUUUAGAUGAUGCUUUCGAGAGGUAUUAUUAUGGGCUGAUUAGUUUAUUUCUCUGCUCACAGUAUGAUAUGUUUUUUGAUAUAAUUUUGCCAAUGGAUUUUUAGCUUAUUAUGCGCA